AUGGACAUCAUGAGUUUGUUGUCUUCAGUCAGCCAUGCUGUCACAGAAUCUGAAUGCUUAUGUAGUGCCAAGUGUGAGUCACAGUUACUACAAAAUUGCAAUGAAUCAGAACUGGAGACUGCUGAAGAUUUGAGAAGAAAACUCCGUCAAGCUAAAAAAGAAAAAUUAGACUUAAUAAUUAAACACAAUCAUCAACUGUCCAGCUACGAAAGCCAGAUUGUCAAAUUACGGUUGGAAUGUGAGAAAGGAGUCGUUGUUCGACAAAGUCUGGAGUAUGAUUUAGAAAUUGCCAGGAGAGAUGCUCGCCUGGAAAUGUGUUCUGCAAAAGAGGAGCUAAGUGAUGCAAAACACAAACUUGUAGAACUGCAAGUAUUAAAUGAGGAACUUCAGCAGAAAGUGACGGAGACUGAGAAAACAUUUCAUAUUGCUCAGCAGAAGUGGAAGGAACAGCAGCAAAGACUUGCAAGUGAGAAGGAUUGUAUCCGCAGAACUUUGAAGAGUGAAAAUGAAUUGCUUCUUAAGGAAAGAACCAACUUAGCAAGUGUUUUGCAGGAGCAGAAUAAUACACUGCAGAAUUUAUGCAAGAAAAUGAAAGAAGUGGAGGUGGAACACACUGGCUGUGCUGAACUGUUGAGGCGUCAGGCUACUGAGCUUGAAUGUAGUGCUGAACGGGAGCAGCGACUUAAACAAGAACUUGAAGCAGCUACAGUGAGAAUAAAGAAACUGGAAGAAAACAUUGAAGUAGAGAGAGCAGCGCAUUUGGAAUCCAAAUUAAAUUCAGAGCUUAUCCAGUUAAGAAUUCAAGACCUUGAAGAAGCUUUACAGGUGGAAAAAGCCAGCCAAGCAAAAGCUCUUUCGGAUUUAGAAACGAUCAAGAAAGAGUUCAAAGAGGUAGAAAAUGCAUAUGAGAGAGAAAAACACAAUGCCCAAGAGAACGUGGAAAAACUCAAUGUGUUAGAAAAAGAGUGUUUCUCCAUAAAGAAGCAAAUGGAUGAGAAGAUAGAGGAAAAGAAGAAGAUAAUUAAAGACCUCUCUGAGACACUAGUAUCUAAUCAAAACACCUGCAGAGAAUUACAGGAGGAACUUGUAGUGGCCAAGAAACACCAGGUCUUUCUAACAGAGACGUAUGAAAACAACAUGAAAGAGCUGAAGUUACCCUUGGACAGCUUUGCUAUGUCAGGCCAGCGGACAGCAGGCACUGGUAAGGACAAAGAUAAACCUCUGGGCCUCUCUGACCUUGAGACUUUGAGCUGUAACUUGACAGCUUACCAGAACAAGCUGGAAGAUAUGUCUAAUGAGCUUUGGAAAUUGAAGGUUUUGUGUGGAAAGAUGGCAAAAGAACUUGAGAUAUCCAAAGAAGAAAUAUGUACUUUAAGUCAAGAACUUAAGGAAGCUCAGGAUGACCUAGCUGAUGCCAAUAAAGAGUUAAAUCGUCUGCACACUAAGUAUUCAGACAGAGAGACUUUAAUAGGAACUUUAAAAAUGGAACUACAGAGUGUACGGCAAUGCUGGGAGAAAGAGAGAGUACGUGCCACAGAAUCUGAAAAUGAAAUCCAGAAGCUUACCAGGGCUUACCAGAAGGAUAUGGAGGAGAAGCUAACCUUCCUCCAUGGCUUAUACCAGCGUUUGGUAGCAGGCUGCGUGCUUAUAAAACAACCAGAAGGCAUCAUAGAUAGAUUCUCUUGGUCUGAGCUUUGUGCAGUCUUGCAGGAGAAUGUUGAUGCCCUGAUCUUAGACCUCAGCAGGGCUAAUGAGAAGAUAUCUCACCUAGAAUAUGUUUGUAAGAGCAAGUCCGAUACUAUGAAGGAGCUUCAGCAGAGCCAGAAAGAGGCUUUUAGGAAAAUGGCUGAACAGAUGAGAGCACGGGAAAGCUGUUGGCAGAAACAAAAAAAGUACCUGGAACAGCAGUACUUAGGUCUCCUUGGGGAAGUUUGUGCAAGGGCACAGGAAUUCCAAAAAACAGCAGAGAAGAACAAGGAAAAAACUGAUGACCUUGAAAGAAGAUUGGAGACACUGGGUCUUGAAAAUGUUUCUGUGAAAAAUACACUAAGGAAAGUUCAGAAGGAGCAUUCAUCUCUCCUGGUUGCUUGUGCACUAUUGGCAGGUGCCCUGUAUCCUCUCUAUGGCCGAUCAUGUGCUAUGUCUUCCCAAAGAGCUCUUCUCCAGCAUCAGGUUGACAUUUAUGAAUCAGUGAAACAGGAGAUUAGAACCCUAGUUCAUGCUCUCUCUGAUAUAGGGGAAAACAAUCAAGAUGAAGCCAAACUGAAGAAAAGAAAACUCAAAGGCCUGAUUUGUGUGUUCCGAAGAGGUGUGAUUGCAGUUUUGGCAGCUAACAGACUGAAGGUUUUAGCACAGUCUUCUAGUUCUGUCUUCUCCUGGGUAAAUGGCUCCAAAGAAGGCAAUGGAAUGCUAAUUUGUAUAGGAGACUCUAAAGGCAAGUGCAAUCUGUCAAGUCACAAAGUCGGACAAAUUGACUGUGGUGAAGCACUCAGAUGGUUUACUAGUUCUAACCUCCUUGCUUCAGUAAUCAGUUCUGUCACUGAAUUACAGGAUGUUAUUCACAAAACAGAUCCGAAGCCCUGGCUUGCUGGACACUUACUCGUAAGUGCAGCCAGGAACUCCUUUUCAGAACUUAUGCACAAGCUGAAAGUAAUAAUGCAGACUGUUCCACUAGACAGUAACAGAAGAAUUAUUCACUUGGAGAAAGACUCCUUGGUACAGAGGCUGGCUCAUGGACUUCAUAAAAUAAAUACCGAGGCCCUGGGAACUGGAUUGUGUGACAGACUGCCCAUUAUGGAAAGCGUAGCAUGCUUGCGGAAGCAAAUGCUAGAAUUUAUACAAAGACUUCGUUCAGCAGAGGUGGAACGCCACUCACUGCGCCUGAAACUUGCAGAAUUUAAAUGGAAUUUCAGUGAGUUAAAGAUAGAAAAUGACAAAUCCCAGGGCCUGAAAAAGAAAUUAAAUACAUUGAAGCAAUCUAAACUGAUCACCUCUGAGAAGUUUGAAAGUGUAUGUGAAGAAGUAAAUAAUGCAUUAUACUGGGAGGAUAAGGCAAAAGUGCUUUUGAGUGAACAGGCCCAGCAGCUGCAGGAGUUAAAUAAUAAACUAGAAUUGCACUCCACUGACGAACAAGAAAAAACUCAAAUUUUAAGUGAAACUGUAAAGAGACUCUCUGAGACAAAGAUGGAGCUGAGAAGGAAAGAUCAAUCUCUGCGUCAGCUCAAUAGACUUCUUACCCAGCUGGAGCAGGACAAGCGUCGACUGAAAGAGAACAUCCGUGAUGCAGAGAGUGCCCUCUGCAUGGCAGUGAAAGACAAAGAAUUGAUUAUUAGUCAUAUGAAAUCCGUGGAAGCCUCUCUUCAAAAGGUCAGAGAUCAGACCUUGCUGUCACGGACUGCGGCAACCAGGAAUGACUUCACCCUGCAGCUACCCAAACUGCACCUAGAGACCUUUGCAGUGGAAGGGCUGAAGGGCAGACCAGAGGUUGUAGCAUUUCAGGCUAUGAUUGAAAGUUUUAUGGAUGUCUACCAACUUGCAAGGUCCAGAAUUGACAUGUUAGAGAGAGAAGCAUCAUCUCAUCAGCUUCAUAUUGCAGCCCUGAAGUCCAGUCUCCAAAAAGCUUGUCUUCAUGAAAGUCAGAGCUUAGAAUUGGAGCUCCUUGCUUAUCCACGCAGGCCUCCUGGCUCUACUGCCUGCCUUCCUCUUCGCUGGAACACAUUGCUCCUGGGCACGGAGGAGGUGAUCUUUGAAUAUGGAUCAGCUUUCCCGGGCUCCUCUCCAGGGCUUUGUCCCAUGGUAUCCUACCAAGCAGAUUCUUGA